AGGCAUUUUCACAAACACUUGAGGUCCGCAAAUGGCAAGAACACAGCAGCGCUACCGUGGCGUCCGCCAAAGGCAUUGGGGCUCUUGGGUUUCCGAAAUCCGGCAUCCAUUAUUGAAGACAAGAAUUUGGCUAGGGACAUUCGAGACGGCAGAGGAUGCCGCUAGAGCCUAUGAUGAGGCAGCGAGGCUCAUGUGCGGGCCACGUGCAAGAACCAACUUCCCUUACAACCCCAGUUUGUCACAGUCUUCUUCUUCCAAGUUACUCUCUGCAACUUUGACCGCAAAACUCCAUAGAUGCUAUAUGGCUUCCCUUCAAAUGAGCAAACCAUCAAUCCAACAACAACAGCAAAUGAUGAACCAGAAGCGAAUGGAUUCGACCCAUGUUGGUGAAUCGUCGCCGGAGACGAAACCUACCACUAUGAUUCAACACCAGCAACCGGCGAUGGAGAAUAACACCGUUCACCAUCAUCACCAGCAACAGUUCUUUGAGACACUUGAAGAUCAUCAUAUUGAACAAAUGAUUGAGGAGUUGCUUCAUUAUGGAUCAAUCGAGCUUUGUUCUAUUGGUCAAUCUCAGAAAUAAUCGAGACUCAAACCUGCAAUCCUUCUUAUAUUCAUAUCCGAAUUCAACACCAUAUCGGCAGUUUUUGUACAAAAUUUGAUUAAUCGCAAUAUAAAUUGCAUUUUUGAAACAUACAUUUUAGAUACGAGCAACUUUGUCUAAAAUGAAUGUUUUAAAACACAAUCUAUACGAGCGUUAAUCAAAUUUUUUAUAUAAAUACUGUCGAUAAUUGUAUUAAUAUUAACCCAUUCUUCCGGAGCUUCUGUUUAUGAGGCCUAUAUUUCCAACUUUCCGCUCUAGGUUAGUUCAUGUGUACUCUAUAGUUUAAGACGAAAAUGUCGUUUUUAUGUUCUCUUGUUGAUAUGAUAUAACAGAUGGUAUAAGAU